AUCUUUGGGGCUGAGAGAGUUUGAAAUGAGGUGGGACGCCCCCUAUAAAUACAGACGGGCUGUGAGGAGGAGGCAGUUAAAACUCUCCUUCCACCAGGACUGACCAGCUAACACAUCCUGAGAAACCCUGCACUCUGGACACAACUUUGAUUUCUGGUUUCACCAUUUAAAAAAAGGGAAUACUGAGAAAACUUCAGCACUGCAGCCAUGAGAGGACACUUUUCUAUCGAAUGGAUGGCCCAGAGCAGCCAGUCAGCAGGGCCAGAGACCGUCUCAGCCUCUGGACCCGCAGCCUGCGGGACACAUUCAGAGAGUCUGCCGGGUUUUUACUGCAGGCAAAAGUCCGAAAAUUCACAUGAGGAACAAGAAGAAAACCGGAGUCAGGGCCUGGAUGCGUACGGCCUGAGAAACCUCCAGCACCAAAGCUCUCACAAUAACCAAGUGACAGAGGCUGGUUUCAGCAGUGGGACAGAGGAGGAAACCUCCGGAUACGAGAGUGAAGGGGGUCAGUCCCUCUCCCCCUCGGCCCCCCCCGACUGUGCCUCCAGCUCACCGCCGUCCCCUCCGUCGGGCAGGAGACCUCGUACGGCCUUCACAGCGGAGCAGAUCAGCAGCCUGGAGAGAGUGUUCAAGAGGAACGCUUAUCUGGGAACACAGGACAAGGCUGAGCUCUGCAAGAAGCUCAACCUGUCUGACAAACAGAUCAGAAACUGGUUCCAGAACAGGCGGAUGAAGCUGAAGAGGACGGUGCAGGACGCCCUGGCUCACGCCUGCCAGGCAAACGCUGCCUCUCAGUUCAUGCAUUAUCCCGAGCUGCAGGCCUACAGGCCUGGACCCUACCCCAGAUACCCAGCAGCAGCAGCACAGGAGGCCCCGGGUGCUGCCUCCUACAUCCAUCCACACAGCCUGCAGUACAGCUCCCCUCUGCCCAGUGUCCCCACGCUGCCCCUGGACUCCUUCUACCAGUACAGCAGCCUCCCAGGGGUCAUGCUGCCCUCUGCCACAGCUCAACUCAUGGGCUCCUACCCGUCUUAUCCUCAGUAUUAUUAACACUGUCCGUCCAAUGAAGAUGAUCCUGUGUAGCUUCUGUAAUCUUUACUGUGAUAUUUUGUCAAACAAAAUAAGAUUUUAUUGGUUUUAUUUUUUGAACAAAAAAUGUUCUCAUCUUAUCCUAAUAGGAUCAACACUGAUAGAAAUGGAUGGUUUGUAAGAAACAUGGCACAUUUAUUGCUGUGAAGCUUAAAUCUUGAUCGUGAAUCAAUCAGGGUGGUGUGCAAUAUUGUGAUUUAUGUCUGUGUAUUUCUGCUUGUAACUGAUGUAUAGUUUGGAUAUAUUUAAUUUUGAAUCUAUGAAGCGUUAUUAGAUUUUUGUUCUUCACUGUGAAAUUUA